UCUACUGUUUACGAAUAUUUUAAGCACAUUAGCUUGAAGAAUGAGUGUGAAAAUGAUCAACACUUAUCAAAUAUACAAAUAACAUGGUACGAGGUCGCGGAGGCAUGAUCAGAGGCGGUCGAGGAGGUAUGGGACGUGGAAUGGGGUUUCCACGAAAACAAUUUCUGCCACGUCAUCCAUUUGACUACACGCUAUGUGAAGCUGCUUUUCCUCGUGUUAAACCCGCUCCAGAUGAAUCGGACUUUCAAUCAGCCCUUUUAAAGAAGAAUUCUGACAUGUGUCCUACACCAAAAGAGCAAACUUCCAUUUUAAAUCUUGUAACUAAACUGCAGACUGUUCUUGAUAACUUGAUUGUUGCACCAGGAACUUUUGAAGCUUGCCAAUUAGAGGAAGUCAGACAAGUUGGUAGUUUCAAGAAAGGUACAAUGAUAAAGGGUCACAAUGUCGCUGACAUUGUUGUAAUUCUGAAAACUUUACCGACGAAAACGGCAGUGGAAGCUCUCGGGAACAAAGUCAAUAAUGAUCUGAAAUCUGUAAAUCCGAAAGAAAUAUUCAGAGUUAUACAGACUGAACGGGGAUUUGAUAUAGCUAAUAACGAAGCUACUGUUCGUGUAUUGAUAACCACACUGCAUCAAAAUCUACGCAAACUAGAAUCUGAUCAACAUUUAGACGUCAAAAUUUGUCAAGGGCAUCUCGCUGCUAUUAGACAUUCUCGUUGGUUUGAGGAAAAUGCUCAUCAUUCUAGUAUUAAAGUUUUAAUACGCUUACUUCGUGAUCUCAGAAACAGAUUCGAAGGUUUGGAGCCACUAUCUCCAUGGAUGUUGGAUUUGUUGGCGCACAAUGCAAUAAUGAAUAAUCCCAGUAGACAAGCUUUACCGAUUAAUCAGGCGUACAAAAGAGUAUUGCAGUUGCUUGCUUCUGGAUUAUUCCUUCCUGGAUCAGCAGGUAUUUCGGAUCCGUGUGAGGGUGGUAAUAUACGCGUGCAUACCGCGAUGACUCUUGAACAACAGGAUCUCGUAUGUCUCACUGCCCAGACAUUAUUGCGCGUAUUAGCUCACGGCGGUUAUAGACCAUUGUUGGAAGGUUCUAACAAACUCGCCGUGGAGAUGAGCGUAUGGGCGGGUGGUGUAGUGGCAAGUCCGUUGGACAAAGCAUACGAGCCACCCACGGAACAAGAACAGCAGGAGGACAUGGACGAAAGCAAUGAGGAGAUGAUCACGGAAAGCGUAUAAAAUUUUAUGAUAUGCACCGAGGUUUCCUCGUUUUUUGAUGAAACGAAAUGAUGCUUUUACUUUCUUAUUGUCGUUUCUUAUAAAAUACUGUAUUUAACAUUCGCAAAUACAUUUCGAUGAGUUCCGUCGAUGAUCUUAAGGUGACAUCAUUUAUUCACGAUGUUCAUAUUUAUGCGGGAACGAUUCAAGGUAUUGAAUGUGUCCACAAAAAAUGUGUGAUUUUUCGUGUAUACAUAAAAUAUAGAAUAGAAUAGUAUGUAUUCUACACAAAAAAAUUCGAUUAUAUAACACUACUUCUAA